AAAAGCAUGGAUUGGAUGAUGGAUGUCGUGCUAAGCUAAGUAAUGGACGGUGUCGAUCGCUUUUGCUUAAAUAUUUUUUUCAAUAAGUAAAAAUCUAUUUUCUUCCACGUUUCCAAUAUAUGACAUUAGCUUACUUUCUGCCUUUAAUUAUGAAGUAAAUUUAAUCUUAGAUAUUAUCACAUAAUAGUAAAAACCGCAUAGCGUAAGGUUAACAUUAAAAACAUUCACUUUUGUUAUUUGUAACUUAUAAACGAAGUCAUAUAAUGUUAGCAAAAUGAAGUGCCACUACGAUGUUUUGUGUAUAACGAAGGAGGCGAGCUCGUCUGAAAUAAAGAAGGCAUAUCGCAAACUUGCAUUGCAAUGGCAUCCAGACAAGAACUUAGACAAACUGCAGGAGGCUAAAGAACAGUUCCAACUGAUUCAGAACGCUUAUGAAGUUCUCUCCGAUCCGCAGGAAAGAUCUUGGUAUGAUAAUCACCGAGAGCAGCUUCUCAGAGGUGCGGGUAGUUCAUAUAAUGAUGACAGUCUUGAUGUUUACCCGUACUUUAGUCCGUCCUGCUAUAAAGGCUUCACUGAUGAACCUCAAGGCUUUUAUGGAGUGUACUCUGAGGUAUUCUCCAAAUUAGCAUCUGAAGAAACUGAUUUUCUGGAUGAUCCAGAAGAUGUAGCAAAAAUUCCCAAAUUUGGCAACUCAACUACUCCAUAUGAAGAAGUACAUGAAUUUUAUGCUUUUUGGAUGGCAUUUUCAACCAAUAAAAGUUAUGUAUGGUUAGAUCAAUAUGAAAUAUCACAAGGUGAUAAUCGAAGAGUUAUAAAACUAAUGGAAAAAGAAAAUAACAAAAUCAGACAAAAAGCUAGGAAGGAAAGAAAUGAGGAAAUUCGACGUCUUGUGAGUUUUGUACGUCGAAAGGAUAAAAGGGUUAUUGAACAUACAAAAUUGUUGCAAGCAAAAGUAGAAGAGAAUAAAAGAAAGGCAGAACAAGUGCGAAGGGAGAGGAUAAUGCAACGACAGAAAGAGAUUGAAGAAGCAAAAAUAAGAGAGGGAGAGACCAGCUUUCUGCAAAGUGAGGAUUAUCACAAGAAACUUAGUGAAAUUGAAUCACUCCUUGCUGAAGAGUUUGGUCUGUCUUCCGAUGAUGAUACCAUCAGUGAAGGUGGAAUGGAAAGUAGCAACGAAGAGAGCUCCAAGACUGAAGAUCAGGCUAGUGAACAAUCAAAAGUUCCCGGAAAAUCGGCGACUAAAUCGAAGACAGUUGUUAAAAACCUAUAUUGCUCUGCCUGUAACAAACUAUUUAAAAAUAUAAAUUCAUUUGAGAAUCAUGAGAAUAGUAAAAAACACAAAGAGAAUGUAGCAAAUAUGACAUUAGAGAAUGAUAUUGAUAUAUCGGACAAUGGAGAGAAUGAUGGAGACAAUGCAUCUAGCGGACGCGAUGAUAGCGGAAAUAUUAAUGGACAAACUGAGGAAGGGGAAAAUGUGGGUAAUUCGACAUCUGAUAUCGAAGACAAUGAUAUCAGAGAAACAUUAAGUGAUGAUUCUGAUAAAGUACAGGCUUUACCAAAAAGCCAGAAGAAAAAGAAAAACAAAAAGAAGUCAUUCAUUCCGAUGCCUGAAAGUGAAGGGAAUGACAGUCAUGAUGAGAUGAGCUUCAAUGAAAUAGAAGGUCCAGCACGGAGUAGGAAGGCGAAGAAGUUCAACAUGCUUAAAAGCCAAAUACAGGCGAAGAAAGAAGCUAACCUAAAGAAAGGAUCUCAAUCACAAACAUCUACGGAAAACUUGUACGAAGUGUCGAGCACAACACCCACUGAUGAUGCAUUAGGUGAGGCAGCAUUACCCAGAGAUAGAGUGUUACCUAAAAUGCAAAGGAAUAUCAAACCAAAGAAACUAACUGAAAGAAAACCUGUUAGAACGAAAACUAGUGAAACGGAAGAUUCUAGCACUGCUCUGACUCUCAGAUGUGCAAUCUGUCAAACAGAUUUCCCUUCAAAAAACAAGUUGUUUGAGCAUCUGAAGAAAACUGGCCACUCGGUGCCGCUCCCACAUGCUAGCUUCACACAAAUGAAGAAAGGUAAACGAGCAAAUAGAUAAAUGUGCAAUCAAAUUAGAUAGGAUUUAAUCUAUUAAUUAUAUUUCAUUGAGAAUCUUUGGUGAUUUUCUUCAAAUCUCUACAAUCUGUAAAGUGACUUUAUCAAUUUAUUUAUUAAAUUAUAAAUUAUGAUCACUCAAUAAAAUAUGCCUAAAUA